CUGUUGCUUCAGUGCCACCAGUGGUUUUCUUUCUGGGCAGCACUCACCAGAUUUGUGCAGAAAUGGCCCUGGUGCUUAGUGCUCAUCCGCAAGUCACGGCAACGCUGGUUCUGCUCCUGUCUGUGCUCAGUUUGGCUGCUGGUGGGAAGCUGCUGGUGGUGCCGGUGGACGGGAGUCAUUGGCUCAGCAUGCGGGAAGUGCUGGAUGGUCUCAGGCAGAAGGGACAUGAAAUAGUCGUUGUUGCACCUGAAAUCAGUUUGUACAUAAAGCCAACAAAGAAUUUUGUUAUGAAAAUGUACUCAGUCCCUUUCACAAAGGAAGAGAUGGAUGAAAAUUUCCAGGUAUUUUUACAGGAUGUAUUUGAAGAAGGAUCUUUUCUGGAAAGAUUUCUUAAAAUCUACCAAAGUAUGAAAAGAGCCUCUGAUUUGGCGAUCACCAGCUGUGCACACUUACUGUACAACAAAGAGCUUGUCAGAUAUCUUGAGGAGAGCAAGUUUGACGCUGUCCUUACAGACCCUGUACUACCCUGCGGGCAGAUACUGGCUGAGCAUCUUUCAGUCCCUUCCGUGGUUUUUUUACGAGGAAUACCGUGUGGCUUAGAUUUUGAAGCCACUCAGUGUCCCAAUCCCCCUUCUUAUGUCCCCAGGGUAUUUACAGAGCUUACAGACCGCAUGAACUUUCUCCAGCGGGUGAAGAAUCUAAUGUUUGAACUCCCAAAUUAUUUUCUCUGUGAUUUUGUCUUUCAACCAUACGCAAAACUGGCUUCUGAGUUCCUUCAGCGGGACGUGACUGUGCCGGAUCUCUUACGGCAGGCUUCCAUUUGGCUCAUGAGGUUAGAUUUUGUGUUAGAUUAUCCAAGGCCUUUGAUGCCCAACAUCAUUGUAAUUGGAGGAGUAAACUGUGCUCACAAGGAGCUACCUCAGGAAUUUGAAGCUAUUGUGAAUGCCUCUGGAGAACAUGGCAUUGUUGUUUUCUCGCUGGGCUCCAUGGUCUCUGAGAUUCCUAUGAAGAAAGCCACAGAAAUUGCAGAUGCCUUGGCAUCAGUCCCUCAAACGGUUUUGUGGCGAUACACGGGAGAGGUGCCUCCCAAUCUGCCGAAGAACGUAAAGCUUGUCAAAUGGCUGCCACAGAAUGAUCUUCUAGCUCACCCUAAGACUCGUGCCUUUAUUACCCAUGGAGGCUCACACGGUGUUUACGAGGGCAUAUGCAAUGCGGUGCCGAUGGUACUGAUGCCUUUAUUUGGAGACCAGAUGGACAAUGCCAAGCGAGUAGAGUCACGAGGAGCAGGACUGACACUGAAUAUACUUGAAAUGACUUCAAAGGACAUAUCCACUGCCCUGAAAGCAGUUAUUAAUGAUAAAAAGUACAAAGAGAACAUCAAGCGUCUCUCAGACCUUCACCUCGACAGACCCAUCCACCCCCUGGACCUGGCUGUGCACUGGGUGGAGUUUGUAAUGAGACACAAAGGGGCCCCACACCUGCGACCUGCUGCUCACGACCUGAACUGGAUCCAGUACCACUCCCUGGAUGUCAUCGCCUUCCUUCUCGCCGUGGUGCUCCUCUCCCUCUUCAUUUCUUUUAAGUGCUGUCUGUUCUGCUGCCGCAGGUGCUGCUGUAAGAAGGGAAGAACAAGAAAGCCAACCAAAUCAAAGUCCCACUAGCAGAUGAAACCAGUGGUAGGAGAUAAGGCCUCUGCUCCAGACCAGAAGGAUUAGAGAACAUCUCAAAUUUCACUAAAAUAAUUGCUGAUUUUCAGUCAAGAAAUAAUAGUGUUCCUUUAAACUAGCACUAUGGGUAGGAUUGUUUCACUGAUGUAAUUUUUGCCUUUAACUAAGAAUCGGUUGUUGAAAAUAAUUUGUAUAGGAUUGUGUCAGUCACUUGGGAAGAUAUUAGUGUGAAGUCCAAAGCUCCUGGAUUCCACGUCUUGGUGUACAGAGGACUCACAUUGACCUUUUUUUUUACCUCUAUAUGCAGUGGAGAUAUAUAGGGAUUUCAUAAGACUUUGCUUCAGGGGCUUUAGCAGAACCAUUUGUUCUAGUGUAAGACUGAGGUUUAUCAGGCACUUUGAAAUCUUUGUAUAGCUGUUGUUAUAGAAGAGGCAAAUGUUAUACACUGACAAUACAUGUCACAUAAGCCAAGCUAGACGCACAUCUUAAAUGGGUUUUGUGUGUGUUUACAAUACCCCGAACAAAAUUAAGGUUUCAGCAGGGAAGUGGUUGUAAAGCCACUGAUGUUUCACCCAAGUUCCCCAUCAGGCAGAGUGCUGUAUCUGGAGCUUACCUGUUAGGUGAUGAGACCUUUGUAAGCAAUGUUUAUAAAACCCAACUGAUUUACUCUUUUUAAGCUAUGUUCAGGUAAAGACCCAAACCCCAUCCCUAUAAAUAAAUCCCCAAUACUAACAA